UCACAACCAGAUCGUGUUAGUGUCUAUAUUGUCGGGCUUUCCGACCACAUUGUCUGAAGUGUCGUCAGAGCAUCAGAACAUAUUGUAAUUAGAUUCAGCAUGGAUACAACUGUAGUAGAUGAUAAAUGGAAGGAAACACGCGAGUUUUUGGGGAAUGUAACGAGGUCUUUUGAGAUAACAUUAGACAGUGCUGAAUAUCUACAGAGAACCGGACGAGAGUAUGUUAGGCGAUACAGCCGUGUAAUUAAAUGCAGUGAACCGCCUGCACCGACUGGGACCCUCUCCAGUGAAUUCCGGGAAACGAAACAGAAGAGUGAUACCAGAUCUGACGAGUGGAGGAAACUACUCUUUCAGAAAAGUUAUCCUGUUGAGUUUGAAAAUGAGUCCCACUGGUACAAAGUGUUACAGCGUCAUCGGCCGUGCCGUUCCCUGUAUGAUGGACUCGGGAUGUUCACACCUGCACAUGUCGUAAAGGUGGAUGCAUGCGUCCAAACAGACUUCACUUUCGUCAGAAAAUGUUUCUUGCUGGGCAUGGAGUCAUUCGAAAAGGAGGAAAAGACGAGCGGAAUAUGGACAAUGUGCUGCUGUGGGCGACAGUAGAAAGUUCCACACCAGAUGUGAGAAAACAUCUGCAUCGCAAGAAACUAACUCAGAUAUUAUUUUUAGUUUUUUUACAGACAUAGACUUGUAGCAAGUAUUAUUUGUUCAUACAUGUAUGAGAAAUAAUCGUUUAAAUCAAAUGUUUUGAUAAUAGGUUUAUAGAGGUUAUACGCAUAUAUAAACUAUGCCGAAUGAAAUCGUCAAUAUUGAAAAAGUGGUAGAUUACAAGUAUAGAAAUGAUUACUCUAGCAUAAUUGUAUAAUGAAAGAGAUAAAUUAAAACAUUAGCAGGAAAUAACCUAAUAUCUAAAUAGAUUCACACGGAGUAGAAACACAUAAACACGGAUAACAAAGUGUAAAUUAAAAUAGCAGAAGGACAAAAAAAGUGUAUAACAUGGAAUAGUAUAUAGACACAAAUUCGACUUUUCUUCUGACAAUAGAGGUACCAUAUAAUAGACGUGUUCACGGGAU